AAACAAAUUGGGGUCCUUUCUUGCUGAAGGCUAGCUGUUAAAACGGGUUUUAGCGCUACAUUGUUUUAAUUACCAUUUAAAGGUAUCCCGUAGUUUCAUCAUUAGGUGUCGUUUAAGCUAUUCGAGUAUUAUUAUCGAAAGAGAAGUUUUAUUCGGCUCGGUUUUCUAUGCUCUAAGUGGCGCCGUAGAUGUGUUUUUAAGCGUUGAACGUUGUGUUGUUUAUCUUUCUGUCACUGCCGAGCUAACGUUAGCAUCAUCCCAGCAAACAAAUUGUUCCUGCCACCAGCCUAACAUCUACUGUGAUAUUUCUUCAUAGAAAAUAAGACAUUUGUCCACAAGGUGGCGUUGAUGUGCAAUCAUGUCUGGCAUUGCUCUGAGCAGACUGUCCCAGGAGCGCAAAGCCUGGAGGAAAGACCACCCAUUUGGUUUUGUUGCUGUGCCCACUAAGAAUCCUGAUGGAACCAUGAAUCUAAUGAACUGGGAGUGUGCCAUACCUGGGAAGAAAGGGACUUUGUGGGAGGGAGGACUUUACAAGCUCAGAAUGCUGUUCAAAGAUGACUACCCGUCCUCUCCACCCAAAUGCAAGUUUGAGCCACCCAUAUUCCAUCCAAAUGUCUACCCAUCAGGCACCGUGUGUCUGUCCAUCCUGGAGGAGGACAAAGAUUGGCGACCGGCCAUCACCAUCAAACAGAUCCUGUUAGGUAUCCAGGAGCUGCUGAAUGAGCCCAACAUUCAGGACCCAGCUCAAGCAGAGGCUUACACGAUUUACUGUCAGAACCGGAUGGACUAUGAGAAGCGGGUCAGGGCACAAGCCAAGAAGUUUGCCCCCACAUAAAGAGUGGAGCAGCCUGAAGUGAUGGGAGGCAGGCAGCACCUGAAGGACCACUCCAAUAAGAAUCUGUUUAAAGUAUUAUUACACUGUUUCAUAGGUAAAAUGCAAAACAUAUUUUUCUUUAUCCCUUUUCAAACUCCCAAAACAUAACAGGAUAAUGAUUGUACAUUUGUUUAAUAAAUAUCUAUGUAUUGCAAAUGCAUUAGUAUUGGCUUGAGUGCUAAACUCACCUAUUCCUUCACUGAUACGAUAAGAAGUGUGUUGACAAGCUGUAUAAAUAAGAAUCCAUGUCUGAAUCCUGUGUGAAAUCCUCAGUUUGAAGUAAAUGAGGAUGUUUCACACAGUGUACUUUCAUCCAGCCACGAGUGCUCAGAACUAGCGUGCUUAAAUGUUCAUUAGUGUGUCUACAGCCGGAGGUAAGGCAGUCUGAACAGUAGAAGCUUAUUCUGUCAUUGUAAACAGCCAUCAGGUCGGGGUCAAAAGAAAAAUUAAAGUAAAAGACAAUCUUGACAUUUGUUAUGACAUUGGCUGUGAAGGAAGUGGUUGUCGUGAUGUAGCUCAGUUCGUCUUGGUUCAGGAAGAACAUAAAGCAUAAAGGGUCGAGUCUUUGUUCCACACACUCCUCUUGUUCCAGUUUAAGAUACUCACUGUAUAGAUUCUCUUAGUGAAUCCAACUGAAAGUGAAACUGUCGGUAACGCUGAUGAACUUCAUGAACAUACAUCCUCAUUGUGUUGACCUCUUCCAAACAUGCUGUAGCUUCAUGUAGAUAAGCUCCAUUGUGAUAAUAAGCAAACCGGUAACCGUUAAUUGUUGAGCCUUUUCAUUCAGUCAUUUUAAACCAACAAUGCUUCCAUGUCUACAAAUCCCAAAUCAAGCCUGGCAGGCUUUUAGGAGCUGAAGGAUCCUCAUUGGAAUAGCCUCUCUGCAGCAAAGACUAACUGAAGAAAGUGCACUUGUAAAUAAACCAAGGCCUGAGUUUCUCUUUUUUUGGCCUCUAAAUAUGAGUGCAUGUACAUAAUAUAAAUAACAAACAGUGGAAGUAAUGUUUUAUAUUAUUUUAGCCAGUUGAUAUACAUUGUAUGUGGUAUUGUAAGAAGAGAGAUAAAUGAUCAAUAAUUGUCAAAUAAAGUAAAAGGAAAGAA